AUGUCCUCAAUAAGGAGAAGGAUUACCUCAGUGGGAAGCUAGAUGACCUCAGGAAGGAGAAGGAUGUCCUCACUGAGAGGUUAGAUGACUUGUCAAAGGAGAGAGAUGUCCUCAAUAAGGAGAAGGAUGAGGUUGAAAAGGAUCUCACCAGUAAACUGGAUUACCUCAGUGGGAAGCUAGAUGACCUCAGGAAGGAGAAGGAUGUCCUCACUGAGAGGUUAGAUGACUUGUCAAAGGAGAGAGAUGUCCUCAAUAAGGAGAAGGAUGAGGUUGAAAAGGAUCUCACCAGUAAACUGGAUUACCUCAGUGGGAAGCUAGAUGACCUCACUAAGAAGCUAGAUGACUUGUCAAAGGAGAGAGAUGUCCUCAAUAAGGAGAAGGAUGAGGUUGAAAAGGAUCUCACCAGUAAACUGGAUGACCUCAAGGAGGAGAAGGUUAACCUCUGGGACCAGAAUAAUGAAAUCAGGAAGGAGAAGGAUGACCUCACUAGGAAGCUAAAUUACCUCAGUGGGAAGCUAGAUGACCUGAAGAAGGAGAGAAAGGACCUCUGGGCUCAGAAUAAUGAAAUCAGGGAGGAGAAGUCUAACCUCUCGGCCCAGAAUAAUUUCCUCAAGGAAGAGAGGGAUCGCCUCAGGGGGGAGAAGGAUAAGGUUGAAAAGGAUCUCACCAGUAAACUGGAUGACCUCAAGAAGGACAAGGUUAACCUCUGGGACCAGAAUAAUCACCUCACUAGGAAGCUAAUUGACCUCACUGGGAAGCUAGAGGUUGAAAACAAUCCCAUCAGUAAACUGGAAAUCCUGACUUCUCAGCUGGACUUUGAAACCAUCAGAAGACAUGCAGUGGAUGUGACUCUAGACCCUGAUACGGCACAUUGUAAACUCAUCCUGUCUGAUGACGGGAAACAAGUGAGACAUGGAGAACUAGAUCAGGUUCUCUCUGACAACGGGAAGAGGUUUACAAAUUGGUCCUGUGUCCUGGGAAAUGAGGGCUUCUCAGGGAAGUUCUACUAUGAGGUGAAGGUGGAGGGGGAAGACCGAGUGGACUUUGGGAGUGGUCAUACAGUCCAUCAAUAGGAAUGAGAGUUUUAUACCAAUCCCUAAUAAUGGAUACUGGACUGUGGAGCUGAAGGAUGGAGAGUACACAGCUCAUGCUGAUUCCCCUGUCACCCUCUUACUGAGAGAGAAGCCCCUGAAAGUGGGGGUGUUUGUGGAUUAUGAGAAGUGUCAGGUCUCCUUCUACAAUGUGGAGGACAGGUCUCAUAUCUACUCUUUCACUGGCUGCACCUUCACUGAGAAACUCUAUCCAUUCUUCAACCCUGGUGAUUCAGAUAGUAUUUCACUGGUUGUCUGUCCUGUGGAUGCCACUGACUGACUGUUUUAAAUCAAACAGGGUGCCAUUGUUAUUUAUGAAAUGCUUGUUACUCUGCUAAUGUGCAGUAAAUAUACUGUAUAUAAUUUUAAAAAGUGCUGAACAAGUAGUUAUAUUGACAACAUCCGUCCGAGCUCAUUUAUGUCUUAAUGGAAAUGACAGAUUGUCUCUUAUCCGCUUGUCGUUCCCUUAUGCCAUAGUUUGUACAUCUCAAUUGUCAGUAGAAAACACAUUUGUUUAAACAAGUCAGCCAUAUUAGCAAUAUUUAAGAAGGCAGUAAAUGAGGCUCAAUGAACUGUUUCGCUGCCAGACAUGGCUCCGCUGAUAGCCAGGUGUAGCAGUGGUAAGGUCUUGGGACUGCUGAUGGGACUCUGCUGAUGGGACUCUGCUGUU